AUGAGCAGCUGGGGCAAAGGCGGCAGGACGAGCGCUACCAGCAAUCUGCUUGGGAGCAGUGGCAGCAGCAGCAGCAGUAAUGGCAGCAGCUCCUGGAACACCUCGUCCAACCAAACGCCGAGUUGGGCCGCUGCGACUCAGUCGUUUGGCAUUGGGAUGAACGCCGGCCCCGCACUGUCGCGAUCCGUCUCAGUGUCGCAGUCAUCGGCCGUCGCAUCGAUGGUCUCAUCCGUACUACCAGAGCGCGUCAAGUACACAAUCGCGUGGAUUUACUCGCAGCGAGGCGCUCGACUCGUCACCCUCUUGCUCGGACUCCUCUUCCUGGUUUGGCUCAUUGCAGAGCUUGCCUCGGGAUCGGACCCGCUCACUGCAGACACUGUUGUCGAACCAGGCAAUCUUCGGUAUGGCAUUGUCAUUGAUGCCGGCAGCAGUGGCUCGCGCGUGUACCUGUACUCUUGGCCUCAAGAACUCAACGAGCAGGGUCUCGUCACGCUUUCCCAGCUCUACGAUGAGAAUGGCAAACCACUGGUCCGCAAGCAGGAACCUGGGCUGUCGACCUUUGCCAACAACCCCACCGAAGCUUUUGAGAGCAUCUUCCCUCUGCUCAAGUUUGCAUCACAGUACAUUCCCGUGGAGGAGCACGAACGGACUCCUCUCUUUAUUUACGCAACUGCCGGGAUGCGCCUUUUGCAACCACAUCAGAGUGAUGCCAUCAUCCUGGAUAUCGUGGCGUCCAUCCCCAAGCAUUUCUCGUUCAAUUUCCAACCGAGCAACAUGCAAAUCAUUUCUGGAGCCAUGGAAGGCGUCUACUCGUGGGUGGCUGUAAACUACGCCCUUGGUCGGUUUAGCCGCUCUCACUCGCGUGGAAGCGGACCGACAACAGCGGGCUCGGUCGAGAUGGGUGGUGCUUCCAUUCAAAUUACUUUCGAAGUAGAUUCCAAAGAGUCGGUUCCUGAAGAGUACUUGCAAGUCGUCCAAAUGGGCGAAGGGCGCGAGUAUCGUUUGUAUGCGACCACCUUUUUGCGCUACGGCGCGAACGAGGCUCGCACACGCUACCUUGAGAAAUUGGUACAUGGCGAGGCUCGUGACUUGGCGCGAGACGGUAUCAUUGAAGAUCCAUGCUUGACUGCCGGGGAGACCGUGAGCAUGACGUUGGACUCGCUGCUCUCAAAGUCGUUGCUGUCGCCAGUCAUGAUGGAGGAGCUUGGUCUCGGCCUUCCUUCGUCCAAUGACGUUUCCACGCUUCAGGAUGGUGUCACGUUGAUUGGCACGGGCCAGUUCCAAGUCUGCAAGGAGCUCCUCGUUCCGCUCUUGAACUUGACCGUUCCCUGUGUGUACGAUCGCUGCUCGUUCAAUGGAGUCUACCAGCCUGCCGUGUCGAGCGUCGCCGAUUGGUUUGGAUUUUCCGAGUAUUACUACACAUCUCACGACGUCUUUAAGGUUUCUGGUCCGUACGACCAGGAUGUGUUCCACGAUCUUGCCCUGCAGUGGUGCGGAUCCAACACCACCGACCUUCAUGUUGCUGCGGCUGCUGCCAAGGUCAACCACGAUCGCAUUUCCACGCAGUGCUUCAAGA